CCCUGCCCCCUUCCCCGCCCUGUUGCUGUUGCGCCGCCGCUGGCUGCAGCCCCUGGACCCCUACCAUGGAAGAGACAAUAGAAGAUCCCCCUACAUCAGCUGUCGUGCUGGACCAUUGUCAUUUCUCUCAGGUCAUCUUUAACAGUGUGGAGAAGUUCUAUGUCCCUGGAGGGGACAUCACAUGCUAUUACACCGUCACCCAGCAUUUUAUUCCCCGUCGAAAGGAUUGGAUUGGCAUCUUUAGAGUGGGAUGGAAGACAACCCGUGAGUACUACACCUUUAUGUGGGUUACUUUGCCUGUUGACCCAAACAGCGAAUCAGCCAAACAGCAGGAAGUCCAGUUCAAAGCUUAUUACCUGCCCAAGGAUGAUGAGUAUUACCAGUUCUGCUAUGUGGAUCAGGAUGGUGUGGUCCGGGGGGCAAGUGUCCCUUUCCAGUUCCGUCCAGAAAAUGAGGAGGACAUCCUGGUUGUUACCACUCAGCCUCAAUGCUGCAAUUAUACAGACACACCUGUCUUACCCCCUUCCCUACAUCCUGAGGGGCUGCUUCCACUUGGGGUACACAGAUGUCACUACAGGUGAGGUGGAAGAGAUUGAGCAACACAACAAGGAGCUCUGCAAAGAAAACAAGGAGCUGAAGGACAGCUGUGUCAGCCUUCAGGAGCAGAACUCAGACAUGCAGGCUAAGCUCCAGAAGAAGCAGGAGGAGCUGGAAACCCUAAUGAGCAUCAAUAAGAAGCUGGAACAGACAAUGAAAGAGCAGAAGGACUGUUGGGAGACAGAGCUUCUUCAACUGAAAGAACAAAACCAGAAGAUGUCCUCAGAAAAUGAGAAGAUGGGAGUCAGAGUAGAUCAGCUUCAGGCCCAGCUGUCAACUCAAGAGAAAGAAAUGGAGAAGCUUGUUCAGGGAGUCCAAGAUAAGACAGAGCAGUUGGAGCACCUGGAAAAGGAAAAUGGCCAGCUCUUUCUCAGCUUAACUGAACAGAGGGAGCAGCAGAAGAAGCUCGAGUGGACAGUGGAGGAGAUGAAGCAGAAAGAAACUACUGCAGCGAAGAAACAACAGGAGUUAACGGACCAGAACUUUGACCUGUCAAAAAGACUGAGUGAGAACAAGAUUAUAUAUAGUGCUCUGCAGAAGGAGAAAGAGAGAAUGGAAAAAGAAAAUGAUCUUUUGAAGAGGGAGAACAGCAGGCUGCUGAGCUACACGGGUCUGAAUUAUGACUCUUUGCCGUAUCAAGUGCCUACUUCAGAUCAAGGAGGUUUGAGACAAAACCCAGGACUUGUCUAUGGAAACCCAUAUUCUGGUAUCCAAGAAAGUUCUGCCCCCAGCCUGCUCUCCAUCAAGAAAUGCCCCACCUGCAAAUCAGACUUUCCUGAUGACUUUUUUGAUCACACCUUGGAGCAGCACAUGCAGACCCUUAGUUUGAAUUGUCCAAUUUGUGACAAGACCUUUCCAGCAAAAGAGAAGCAGAUCUUUGAAGACCAUGUGUUCUGCCACACUCUCUAAGUGUCCCAACCUCUUGAAUCUCUUCUGUACAUGGAUUUUAUAGAGUAGAACCUAUAGCUUCUACUAUGAGUUAUGACCCAAGAUCCUGCCUAACCUGAAUUAUUAGGGGUUUACUUAGUCCUGCUGCCCUAUAGGUGGAGUCAUGUUGAUUAUCUGAAGCAUAGUGUUAAGGGCUGUUACUUCCAUCCUUGUAGGUUCCCUUUUAAGUCACAUAACUCCAGCUGUGUCAGCCUCUCAACUAAAAUGCCCAUUCUUUCAAGGGUCUCCAGCAUAAAGGCCCUGGUUUGGAGCUGACCUGGCUAUUCACAGCAGGCCUGACUCGAGUACUCAGUGAGUAGUUUUCCAGGUUGCCCCACUGCCAUUCAAGGUCAGGCCUUGAGUGUGUUUGUACUCAGUCUUCAGUCCUAAUUCUGGGACUGGUAACUGAUCAGAAGUUGAGAAUUUCUUCCUCCUCCUCAGGCCUCCUUUUCCAACUGAUUUAGAAUAGCCAAAACUGGCGUGGCAGAGAACCCAGACAUCCAGUUUGGAUACCAAAGGUUUCUCAUCUUGAUUUCUCAGCUCCCAACAGAAGCAUUCCUGAACCAUGGACAUGAAAUAUUAUUUCAAUCACAGGAAGUCUUAUUUCUCUCUGGAUACCUCUACUGUCAUUUUCUACUCUGGUUUUUCCUGUGCACAUGACUUUUAUUGUUGUAAGUCCUUUCUUAAUCGUUAGUGGGACUUGUUAGAAACCGUAUGGGUUUGCAACUUUCUGAGCAGGUGAGUUUGAAUAUGAAUAAGUCAGAAUAAUAACUAUUGUUAAUCGCUUUAAUACUAAAAAUAAACUAGUCCUCUACUUCAGGGACUUUGGUAAUUUAAAAUAAA